AUGACUAGAGCCGGUCGCAUUGCGAAAAGCCGAGCUCUGCUCGAGGGUUUGUCCAUGACUCUGGGGUCUGUAGCAGUGGUCGGCCUCGUUGGCUACGGCUACAAUUGGUACUACAAGUCGCUUGUCCUGAGGAAGAUGGAGACCGCAUUCUCUGCGGGAUAUUCCAGUCUUGAGCAGGCCGCCCUUGCGCGGCAGUACUCAACGAGCGCGCAAGAAAAAUUGGAAUUGGCAGAUGUCGAACAUGGCAAUUGGAUUGCUAGGACUGAGCAAGCCCUCAUUGACAAGAUCGUGGACGGCACGGUUGCUGGUCACUACCAUCUCAUUUGCGGAGAGAGAGGCACAGGGAAAACCUCAAUGCUGCUAGAAGCAACGCGAAAGGUGAAUGGCGAAGGUGUCGCCACCAUGGAAGCUCAUGGAGAUCUUGAGGUAUUCCGGCUGCGCCUGGGCAAGGCUUUAAACUACGAGUUCCACGAGGACUAUAUUGGCUCUCUAUUUAGCUUCAAAGGCCCGAGAGAUGCUACCCCGCUCCUUGACAUUGAAAGAGCCUUUAACAAGAUGGAGAAGAUUGCACUAUAUAGGCGAGAAACGGUCGGGAGACCGCUGGUACUGAUCAUCAAUCGAGCGCACCUUCUACGAGACGACGAUGAAGGGCGGCAUUUGCUCGACGUGAUCCAGCAAAGGGCGGAACUUUGGGCAGCAAGUAAGCUUGUGACCAUUGUGUUCAACAGCGACGAGUAUUGGAUUGAAGAGCGCCUUAACCCUCAAGCGUUGCGCUUGCGUGUUCUUCCAGUCCAUGAUAUCCCCCAAAACGUGGCCAUUACUGCGCUCAAAAGCUUCAGAUCCAAAAUGUUCAGCGAAGAUGUGCCUCUGGACACACUGGAGCAAGUCUACGCUAAAGUUGGCGGCCGGUUGCGCUUUCUCAGUCUUGUAGCCAAGUCUUAA